AUGUCACAACAAUCUGUUCAAGAUCAAGCAAUGGGUAUUAUAAUGGAAACAACUUUUGAUGCUGACCCUGCCAUUAACAAAGAAAUCAAAAAGAAAGCAAUUUCAAGCAUUAACAGUGAUGAUAGAGCAAAGCAAAUCAUUAAUCUUCACAAGUUAGAUGGAGUUGUUGAUUUCUUUAAGAGUUCACAACUCCAACCUCAACAACAAGUGUCUUCAAAUCUUCAACGAGCCGAGCCAUCUGCACAGGCCACAAUCGUAGUUCGCUCGUAUCAUUCUGACACCAAGGAUGCAUACUAUGUUUACACUUACGACCAACAUGUGAAGCCUGUGGUCUUGAGAACUCUCUCGCACAGUGACGUUCUUCCCCACCUCAAGGACAAAAAGACUUUUUACUUGGUCGAUAGUCUCGAUGUGUCAAACCAUGCUGCCAAAACUAUCGUUGUCUCGUCACCAGAUCCAAGCAAGUACAAAGAAUUCCUCAAGGAUGCCGACUCAACAAGAAGAUAUCUCCCUCCUUGGAAGAAGCGUGAACUUGAUACUGUCAGACCAUUGUUAUACCCAUCGGUAACACAGGUUGAGCUUGAUCAGCUUUGGAACAAGUGGGGCGGAAUCCCCCGUUUCGUUUUGGAGAAAGCACAUGAUCAAGAGUUCCAAAGAACACUUGACCAAGUCAUACCAACAUUGGAUUUGGACUUGUGCGUCAAGAGUGUAGGUCAAGAGGAUCCACAGGCACCAGGUAGCCACAAGGUCAUCCAAAUCAUUCCACGAGAUGUACCAGGGUUUGCCAAAUACUCUCAGAUGGAGUUGCGGUUCUCAUCAAAGUACGUGGCUCGAAUUGUAGUGCGUGAGACAGAGAAGCUGCACAUGGACAGAAUCACAAAAGAGCUGACGGUCCCACGCUUUCUUCAUUCUCCACUUGGAGGAUCUUUCUUUGAAGGUGUUGUGCAUCGAAAGCUUCAAGUAGGCGGCACUUUCAAAAGAAGACUACUGAACAACAACAAUACUGGCAAAGAGAGCGAUGUUGUUAUCCCCAAGCCUCUCCCUUCUGUAGAUAUCAAAUCCAUCAACGAUAUUUCAAAAGCAUCUUCUGCGACUGGUGCCUAUCUCCUCCCAACCUACUCCAACUUCCCAGUGGUCGACAGCUUGAUCAAACCAACACAAUUGUUUCAAGUUACAGUUUCCUCAACUCAUCCUCCAUUGAUGCAAGAGCUGUCAAACAUUGUCGAUCAACUCGGCAAUCCACCCAAUGUUGAUCUCUAUUUUGUUGUUCCUGAAGACAUGUACUCGGAUUUUAAACAACAAAACUAUCUGACCACCGCCAAAAAAGCUGCAACAAAACUUUCCAAACAAGUUCAAACUGUUACACAAUAUGUUCUCCUCUUUCCACUUUUAUUAUUUUCAUUCUCUGAUUUUUUCGUGACAAAUAAGAUAAACACACCGUUUAUCAGAGGACGCGAAGCGGAAUCCGAUCCAAUGCUUCAAUAA